AUGGCGUCGCUGCUGAAAGAGCAGAAGAAGGCGAAAGGGAAGCGCAAGGCGGACGCGAUGGAUGUGGACCAAGGGGACGCCCCCGUGACCAAGAAACCGAGAAACAAGCAGCGAGUGCUAAUGCUCUCCUCGCGCGGGAUCACCCAUCGCAUGCGCCACCUUAUGAACGACUUGGAGGUUCUCUUGCCACAUGUGAAGAAGGACUCCAAACUCGACUCCAAAAACCAGUUGAACCUUCUGCCUGAGUUGGCCGACCUGCACAAUUGCAACAACACGCUCUACUUUGAGGCGCGGCGGCAUGAGGACCUCUACAUGUGGGCGGCGAAGACGCCCAACGGGCCAAGCAUCAAGCUUCACGUGCAGAACGUACACACCAUGGACGAACUCAAGAUGACGGGGAACUGCUUGAAGGGCAGCCGGGGCGUGCUGAGCUUCGACAAGGCGUUCGACGAGAGCGAGUGGGGGAAGCUCACGAAGGAGGUCUUCACGCACAUCUUCGGCGUGCCCCCACAGGCGCGGAAAGCGAAGCCGUUCGUGGACCACAUCCUCACGUUCUCCAUCCUCGACAACAAAAUCUGGUUCCGGAACUUCCAGAUCGUGGAGAAAGACCCGCUGCAACCCAAUGGCCCCCCGCAGACAUCGCUGGUGGAGAUCGGGCCCCGGUUUGUGCUUACGCCGAUCCGGAUUUUUGAGGGUGCGUUCAAUGGCGCGACGGUGUACUCGAAUCCAGAAUUCGUGACCCCGGCGGCAGUUCGUGCAGCGAUGAAACGCGAGAAAGGGGACAAGUACGGCAGCAGGAAGGACGCGCAGGCGGAGCGGGGGGUGCGGAAGGAGCUGCGGAGGCGAGAGGAGGACGAGCUGGCGGUGUCGAAGGUGUUUGCGUGA